CAGGGUGAGGCGGCAGCACGGCGACAGCAGCUGCUAACGUCGGGGCUGAAGGAGGAGAAAGCGGGCUUGAGCUGUGCCAGGACCUUGGAGGAGCUGGGAGACAGCCCACUGCGAGAUGAAGGGAGAAGCUGGAAGUGUGCCACACAAUGAGAAGCAAAAGCAGGUGCAUGCGAGCACCUCACCCACCAAACUGGAGGGACACAUCUGGGGCUCCAUGAGGAGGACGGCUUUCAUCCUGGGCUCUGGCCUUCUCUUGCUUGUGGCCCUCUGGAACUCAGUCACAUGGCAUCUUCAGAGAUUUUGGGGUGCUUCUGGCUACUUCUGGCAAGCCCAGUGGGAGAGGCUGCUGUCUACAUUCGAAGGGAAGGAGUGGCUCCUCUACAUUCUAGGUGCCACCCAGGUGCCCAUUCUGUUCUUCUGGACCUUGAGUGGACUCCUACUGGUGGUUGACACAACUGGAAAGCCUAACUUCAUCUCCCGCUACCGAAUUCAGGUCGGCAAGAAUGACCCUGUGGACCCCAUGAAACUACGCCAGGCUAUCCACACGGUUCUCUUCAACCAGUUGGUGAUCUCUUUCCCCAUGAUGGUCUGGCUCUAUCCCAUCCUCAAGUUGGGGGGAGACCCCUGCCGCCGAGAGCUACCCACCUUCCACUGGUUCCUCCUGGAGCUGGCAGUCUUCACGCUGAUUGAGGAAGUGCUGUUCUACUACGCACACCGCCUCCUUCACCACCCAAAACUCUACAAGAAAAUCCACAAGAAACACCACGAGUGGACAGCUCCCAUUGGUGUGAUCUCUCUCUAUGCACAUCCUAUUGAGCAUGUGGUCUCCAACAUGCUGCCGGCGAUGGUGGGUCCAAUAGUCAUGGGUUCCCACUUGUCCUCCAUCACCAUCUGGUUUUCUUUGGUCCUCAUCAUCACCAUCAUCUCCCACUGUGGCUACCACCUACCCUUCUUGCCUUCACCUGAAUUCCAUGACUACCACCAUUUCAAGUUCAACCAGUGCUAUGGGGUGCUGGGGGUGCUGGACCACCUCCACGGGACUGACACGGUGUUUAAGCAGACCAAGGCCUACGAGAGACACACGAUCCUGCUGGGCUUCACCCCGCUCUCCGAGAGCAUCCCUGAUCCCCCGAAGAAGAUGGACUAAGACACAGCCCGAGUGCCAUCCUAGCCGUGCCCUCUGCAGAGGUCUGCUAAGGUGGCCUGAGGCCUCCUGGUCGCACCUACCA